UUGACGGUCUCCUUUUGUUUAGACAGCAAUUUGCGAGGGAAGAGGGGUUUGUACAUACAUGCAUAGGAAACUUUAGUAGGUGAUGCAGUCGUUGAAUAAAAUAUAUGGAAGGGCAGUUUUGUCAUUUGACUUGUGGUGGUGCAUUAGAUGCCUUUUGUGUUGUGGUGUGUGAAGACUGAAGAAGAAUUAAACUUUUACGAGACCCCACGAGUGGCCUUGUUUUCCCUUCCUCCUUAGUCCUAAGCUUGAAGAUGGGUUGAGGUUGAUGAAGAAUACGAAGAUAGAAUAAUCAGAGAAGGAAAAAAAAAAAAAAAAGACAGAGAGAGAGAAAGAGGGGUAAAUGGAAGUAUCAGAUUUGCAAAACAAGAAGAAGAAGCAGCAGAGCGGCAACAACAACAACAAUAACAGCAGCCUUGUGGUCCCCUUUGAUGGAGCCACCACCGCCACCGGAAGGCCCUUCAUCAUGGGGGGGUCCAUGUCUUCUUCAUCUUCCUCGUCUUCUUCUUCAUCCAAUUCAACUUCUUCUUCCACUACCAUCGACGCCAACCUCGCCAUCGCCACCAGAUCUGACGACAACCAGCUCCAGACUGCACCCAAGAGGUCCACCAAGGACAGGCAUACAAAGGUCGACGGUCGAGGCCGCAGAAUCCGAAUGCCCGCCACAUGCGCCGCUAGGGUUUUCCAGUUGACCAGAGAAUUGGGACACAAGUCAGACGGAGAGACCAUCGAGUGGCUUCUCCAGCAGGCUGAGCCUGCUAUCAUCGCCGCCACCGGCACCGGCACCAUCCCCGCUAAUUUCUCCACCCUCAACGUCUCUCUAAGAAGCAGCGGCUCCACGCUCUCCGCUCCGCCGUCCAAGUCCGCACCUCACACUUUCCACGCUGCAGCGUUGGCACUCGCUCACCACCAUCCUUCUUACGAGGAAGCGUUUCACCAGCACACGGCGUUGCUAGGGUUUCACCCUCACCACGCGCAGCACCAGCACCUUAUGACUGCUGACCAAAUCGCAGAAGCGCUUCCCGGCGGCGCCGCCGACUCCAGCGAUAACUAUAUGAGGAAACGCUUCAGAGAAGACCUCUUCAAAGAUGAGAGCAAUCAUCCGUCGGAAUCGCAGAACAAUGAAAGUGGUGGUGCAGGUGCAGCUGCUGCCGAUGGAUCUUCGCCAAAGCCGUUCAAAACCAACCUACAAAUGCAGCUGCAACAACAGCAACCUCAACCAGAAGGAGGAGGAGGUGGUGGUGGUGGUGGUGGUUCUUCUGGACAUGGACUUCUUCGCCAAUCCAAUUUGGUACCUGCCACUGCCAUGUGGGCGGUAGCGCCGGCACCCACCACCGCCGGUGCACCAGGCAGCACAAUCUGGAUGCUUCCAGUGACUGCUGGAGGUGCAGGUGGUGUAGCCACCGGUGCUGCAGCCUCGGAGGCGCAGAUGUGGCCGUUUGCUCAUCAGGGUGGCGGUGGCGGCGGCGGCGGCGGUGGUAACAACACGUUGCAAGGCCCACUACACUUGAUGCCGAGGUUCAACCUUUCCCCCAGUGGCGGCGUUGAAUUCCAGCAAGAGGGACGCGGUGGGCUUCAGUUGGGUUCAAUGGUAAUGCCGGCGGCGCAGCAACAGCAACAACCGCCGUCUCAGCAUCUUGGAUUGACCAUGUCAGAAUCCAACUUGGGAAUGCUGGCAGCUUUGAAUGCUUACACAAGAGCUGGUUUGAACAUGAACAUGAAUAUGAACAUCAAUUCUUCUUCUUCUCAUCAUCAUCAUCAUCAACAUCAGCCUCCUCCUCCUCCUCCUCAGGCUGCAGACAGCGGGGAAGAUGGUCCUAACAGCUCCCAAUGACUCCCCGGCCACUCAUAAUCCAUGAUGAUGAGUUCUUUGAAAAUUCUGCUGCUACUGCCUCCUCAGAUGAUACUGUGCUUUUUAGUUAAUUCUUCUUCUCUUUAUGUUGAUUUUUCUGUAACUUCAUUUCAUACUACUUUUACUUUCCUAUUGCCAUUUACACUUUGAUUUUGGUCCAAAGGGACGAGUGUUUAUGUAUAGGAGGAACAAAUUUCUCUUUUUUAUUGUCUUGUAUUUAUUUUCACUUAUGUAUGAAAAAUAGCCUUAAUUAAAACUCCAAAAAAAAAGGAUUUAAAUGAAAAUUUUCAAUAGCUAAUACCCCUCUUG